AUGAAUAUUUGCCAGACAUUUACUUGCCACUCGCAGGCAAAAAACUCAGGUGAGUCCCUGGAUCAGUUCCUGCAGGCACUGAAGCUACUUGCUAAGGACUGCCAAUUCAAAAGUGUAACUGCGGAGGAAGCGUGUGACAGUUAUGUUCGGGAUGCCUUCAUUAAUGGUUUGGUCUCGUGUGCAAUACGCCAGCGUCUGUUGGAGAAUAGGACACUGAACCUAAAUACUGCUUAUGAACAGGCCCGCACUCUGGAAAUGGCCCAGAAGCAUUCAGCCUCCUACUCUUCAGCAGAACCUGUCAAUGCUGCUGUGUCAGCAGUGAGUCGAGAGGAGGAAUCAUCUAGUGCUGAAAAUAACAGUGAUCUGUUUCUGCUGCUACUUCUGGUGCUCGAUGUUUUUUUUGUAGGAACAAACCGGCAUCCCCGGACUCAGUGUCCUGCUAAAGACGCAGUGUGUUUGAAAUGUAAGAAGCAAGGGCAUUAUGCUAGGGUGUGCCGCUCUGUGAAACAGGUGAGUGGUUCUUCUAGCCCAAAACAUUCCGCAGCAAUGCUAGCUUCUAUAGUGGGGGCCUCCCCUAAGUGUCUUGAAAAAUCCAUAACACCUCUCAAGCUUAAUGGUAGCUCGGUCAGUGCCCUUAUUGAUACUGGGAGUUCAGACCCCAGCUUUGUUGGCGUCCAUGAUGUAGUGGACCUAAAAAACAAAAACAACUAUGUCUCCAGAGCAUGGAAAAGUCUCUAUGGCUGA